GAGAGAUGGUAUGGGUAGCUGGCUAAGGACCUGCUUCGUAUGCCUUUAAUCUCCCCCCACCUUUGGGAAGAGCAUCUCUUUUCUUUGCAGUAAGGCGAGGACCGCGUGGCUCACUUGGGGAGGAGGAAAGAGAGGGUGACAGGAGAGGCAACGGCUGGAGAAACACAGAGAGGUCUCUCCACUCAAGCUUGCUGGGCCGCUUUCCAAGCCCCCUUCUGCACGCUUGGUGCAGAAAGCCAAGCAGCGGAGAUGUCUUCGGAGAAAACAGGACUCCCCGAUUCUGCCCCCCACACCUCUCCCCCACCCUACAACAACCCUCUCCAGCCACCUCCUCCGCCCCCACAGGAUGCCCCCAUCCCCGGGUACAGCGACCACCCUCCCACCACUGUGCACUCGGGCACCGCCACGUUGCCCCGGCUUGGUGGGGCUGCAACCUUGCCUCGCCCUCCCCCUACAUCAGCCACCCUCCCACGGCCACCCCGCCACCAUUCAGCCACCCUACCCCGCCUUCCCCCUGAUCCCUACAUGCAGGAAACGCAAUUCAAUGGAGCACCACAGGGAUACGUAGUACAGACUCAUCCUCCAGUGGGGACCCUACCGAUUGGCGGCUACAUGCAUCCGGGAUACCCUGUCCAGCUACAACCCUGCACAGCAUACGUACCUGUCUACCCAGUCGGGGCGCCAUAUCCUCAGGGCAACCCACCACCACCACCUGCUUUGUCCCCAACACAGGUGACCCCUGGCAUUGCGAUCCUGGAACCACGGCGCCCGCCACAUGACUACCUUCCCAUCGCUGUCCUCACCACCAUCUGCUGCUUCUGGCCGACGGGCAUCAUUGCCAUCAUCAAAGCUGUGCAGGUCCGGACUGCCGUCGCCCGUGGUGACAUCGUAUCUGCCGAAAUAGCCUCGCGAGAGGCCCGCAACUUCUCCUUCAUCAGCCUAGCGGUGGGCAUUGCCGCCAUGGUGCUGUGCACCAUCCUGACCGUGGUGAUCAUCAUCGCCGCCCAGCAUCACGACAACGAUUGGGACCCCUAGCAGCCGACCCUUGCCGCCGUCCUGCUCCGGCCCCCCAUCAGCUGGCGUCGACAGCCCUGAGAAACCCUGGCCACCAUCGCUCCCAAGGAUGGUCCUUGGCAACCGUACUCCCCAGCGGUCCUUAGCAACUGUCUCCUCUUCCCUGCCAACGGCACUCGAAAAGCUUGGCAACUAUCUCCCCGUCGGCCCCGUUAGUGGUACUUCCUCAGCGAACGGCUUCCAGACGUCGAAGAUGAGAUGGAAAGCUGACAUUGCUCCAUCUCUGAAUCUCCAGCUUCCUAGCAACAUGUUCUUCCCACCAUCAGUUCCUUGCAAGGAUCCUUUAGGGGUCCCUCGCCCUACACAUUCCUUCCUUCCAGAAUUGGAGGCUCCAUCUCCUGUGCCCAUGUCUGUUCCUGCUGCAUUUGCAUGUCCAAAGUCUUGGUUUAAGAUCUGCCUUUUCUCCAUCCAGGAUUGCUUGGCUGGACAUUUCAGAGGGCCCUGCCUCUCACAAUCUGGCACAGCCUCUGAAAAAGUUAUUUCUCUCUUUCAGCAUUUUGCCCCUUCCUGAUUUGGGACUUUGCUUCAACGGUGGGUGGGGUGACCCAAUAUUUAAAGAAAGGGGUUGAUUCUCUCUGCCUCCCUGUUUUUGUUUUCUUUGUUUUGUUUUUCUACUCCAAUUCUUCCUGCGGCCUAACUAUAUAAUAAGAUCUUGCUAUAUGCUUUUGGCUCUUGUUUCAGGUGUGAAAGGCACAAUUGCUUCCGAAAUCCACCGAGUCUUUGACCUUUUUUUACAUAGUUAAGGUCACAGUUCAGUUAAUAUAACCACAUUUAUUUAUCGUAUCAGGAGCGGGCCAAGGGUACAGUUGUAAUGUAUUUAAAAAACACAGAGUUUAACAGACUUGGCAUUCUAUUAAAUGUCCUUUGACCAGUAGCUGGCCACUCAGAGUGCCUCUGGUUUUGCUAUAAGAAGAUCCGCCAUUGUGCAUGUGGUAGGGCUCAGGUUGAAUUGUAAGAGGUGGUCUGUGGUUUGCUCUUCUCCAUACUCGUGUGUCGUGGACUCCACUUUGUGGCCCCUUUUCUUAAGGUUGGCUCUGCAUCUCAUGGUGCCAGAGCGCAGUCUGUUCAGCGACUUCCAAGUUGCCCACUCUUC